CUCCCUAGACCAUCCAGCAAUGGGGCCAACGAGGUCACAGAAACUGGAUCGAAAAUUGGCACCCCCCCUGUCUGAAAAGGAGUUUCUCCUUUCUCGACCAUUUUCGUUGAACCUGGCCAGUUUCUGUUUCUCCUUCCUUCAUCUCGCCCUUUGACAGACACACACUCUCUGAUUCUUCUUUUUCUUUAAUAUUGUCUUUUGACGCGCCGAAUUACUUCUUCAGCACGCUGUACUUUCAUUAACACGACUUUUGCGUACAGUUCCUUCCCUAUUAUACUACGGUGUGCUGCACCAAAACAGUGACACGCCUCCCUUUUCGAUUUGGUUACUCGCUUGACCCCUCCUCGGUUUGUGACCUUGGCUCUACGCUGCGCUCACUUGCCCUAUUUUUUUUCCCCAAUUCCAUCCUCGAAAUCAUCUAAACGACCGUUUCCUUCCAUGACUUUGUUCGCCAACUAAAGACCAUCAUUAUGUCCGGAUAUCACGGUGGUGGCCAAGACCACUACGACGCCGGAUACGGCCAUGGCGGCCAGCAAGGCGGCCAUGGCGACGGCUAUUACCAAGACGAUCAAUACUAUGAUCAGCAUGGCGGCGGCGGCGGCCAUAGUGGUGAUGGGUACUAUGAUGAAUCUGGCUACUACAAUGCCGAUUCAAACAAUCCCUAUCACCAAGAAGGUGGUUACUACGACGGUCAGGACCAAUACCAGGAUGAGUAUUACAACAACGGUCAGGGCAACAAUGGCAACUACUAUGACGGUGAAUACAACCAGGGUUAUGGUCAUGGCGAAGAAGGCGAACACUUCAGCGACUUCACGAUGAGAUCUGACGGUGCUCGUGGUGGUGAUGACUACUACGGUGGCGGCGGCGGCGGCGAUGACUACUAUGGCGAUGACGGCAGGGGGUAUCGCCCUCCUUCAUCACAAAUGUCAUACGGCGGUAACCGAUCUUCUGGUGCCUCUAGCCCCAACUACGGCAUGGACUAUGCCAACACUGCCGCUGCUCAACGUUCCCGCGAACCGUACCCGGCGUGGACCUCGGAUGCCCAAAUCCCAAUUUCCAAGGAGGAGAUCGAAGACAUUUUUGUCGAUUUAACCAAUAAAAUCGGCUUUCAAAGAGAUAGCAUGCGCAACAUGUACGACCAUCUCAUGGUGCUGCUGGAUUCCCGCGCCUCACGCAUGACGCCUAAUCAGGCCCUCCUCUCCCUCCACGCUGAUUAUAUUGGCGGAGAUAACGCCAACUAUCGACGCUGGUACUUCGCAGCCCAUCUCGAUUUGGACGAUUCAGUCGGAUUUGCCAACGCUACAAUCAAGGGUCUCAAGAGAAAGAAGAAGGGCAAAAAGGCCCAGAAGAACCCUGAAAACGAAGCUGAAGCCUUACAAGAUUUGGAAGGCGAUGACAGCCUUGAAGCUGCUGAAUACCGCUGGAAAUCUAAGAUGAACAAGAUGUCUCAGCAUGAACGAGUACGCCAGAUUGCUCUCUAUCUGUUGUGCUGGGGUGAAGCCAACCAAGUAAGGUUCAUGCCCGAGCUUCUCUGCUUCAUCUUCAAAUGCGCCGACGACUACCUCCAAUCACCUGCAGGACAGGCUAUUGUGGAACCUGUUGAAGAGUGCACGUUCUUGAAUAAUGUGAUCACGCCGCUCUAUCAAUAUGUCCGAGAUCAAGGCUAUGAGAUCCUUGAUGGUGUCUAUGUUCGCCGUGAACGCGAUCACAAACACAUUAUUGGUUACGAUGAUUGUAACCAGCUUUUUUGGUACCCCGAAGGCAUCGACCGCAUUGUACUUCAAGACAAGAGCAAGUUGGUGGACUUGCCACCUGGCGAGAGAUAUCUUAAGCUGAAAGAAGUGAACUGGAAGAAGAGUUUCUUCAAAACAUACAAGGAAUCGCGGUCCUGGUUCCAUCUUCUCACCAACUUCAACCGCAUUUGGAUUAUUCACUUGACCAUGUUCUGGUUUUACACCGCUCACAAUGCCAACACCUUUCUCAUCGUCGACUAUGAGAGAGAACGAAACCCUCAAAUGUCACCUCCAGCAUCAAAACAGUUUUCUGCUGUUGGAUUCGGUGGUGCAGUUGCCGCAUUGAUUCAAGUAUUAGCCACGCUAGCAGAAUGGGCGUUUGUACCUCGCCGAUGGGCAGGCGCCCAACAUCUUACCAAACGCCUCCUCUUCUUGCUUGUCGUUCUUGUUAUCAACAUUGCCCCUGGUGUUAAGGUUUUUAUGCUCCCCGGUCCUCGCAGCGACCCGAAAGACAAGAACUCGGAAAAUGAAAUUGACAAAAUCAUUGGUGUUGUUCAUUUCCUCAUUGCUAUCUUCACCUUCUUGUUUUUUGCCAUCAUGCCGCUUGGUGGUCUUUUCGGCAGCUAUCUGACAAACAAGUCCCGACGCUAUGUCGCCAGUCAAACCUUCACAGCUAGCUGGCCUCGCCUUGCUGGCAACGACAUGGCAAUGUCCUUUGGCUUGUGGCUGACUGUUUUUGGUGCUAAAUUUGGUGAAUCCUACGUGUAUCUCACCCUGUCUUUUAAAGAUCCUCUCAAGGUUCUCUCUGACAUGAAAAUCGACUGCGUCGGAGACGCCAUCUUGAAAGAUAUGCUCUGCAAACGACAACAUCAGGUGCUCAUCGUUUUGAUGACGUUUACAGAUUUGAUCUUCUUCUUCUUGGACACGUAUCUUUUCUACGUCUUGCUGAACACCAUCUUUUCCAUUGCGCGCUCUUUCUAUAUUGGUUCUUCUAUUUGGACUCCAUGGCGCAACAUUUUCUCUCGCUUGCCGAAACGAAUCUAUUCCAAAAUCCUGGCAACGUCAGACAUGGAAAUUAAAUACAAGCCAAAGGUGCUAAUCUCGCAAGUCUGGAAUGCUAUUGUCAUAUCCAUGUACAGAGAGCACCUCUUGGCCAUUGAUCACGUCCAGAAGCUUCUCUAUCAUCAAGUACCGUCAGAACAAGAAGGCAAGAGAACCCUCCGAGCACCAACCUUCUUUGUCUCUCAAGAAGAUCAUUCAUUCAAAACCGAGUUUUUCCCCAGCAAUAGUGAAGCUGAGCGCCGCAUUUCCUUCUUUGCCCAAUCUCUAUCGACACCAAUCCCGGAACCCGUCCCUGUGGAUAACAUGCCCACCUUUACCGUCAUGAUCCCUCACUACAGCGAAAAGAUUCUUCUCUCUCUCCGCGAGAUUAUUCGCGAAGACGAACCGUACUCUCGUGUUACUCUACUGGAGUAUCUGAAACAAUUGCACCCCCACGAGUGGGACUGCUUUGUUAAAGAUACGAAGAUUCUGGCCGAUGAAACCGCUCAAAUGAAUGGUGAUCCAGAGAAGGAUGAGAAGGACACAGCAAAGAACAAGAUUGACGAUCUCCCAUUUUACUGUAUUGGUUUCAAAUCUUCUGCGCCUGAGUAUACGCUCCGAACUCGUAUUUGGGCGUCUCUCCGUUCCCAAACUCUUUAUCGCACUAUUUCCGGUUUCAUGAACUACAGUCGUGCUAUCAAACUCCUCUAUCGUGUUGAGAACCCAGAGGUUGUGCAAAUGUUUGGAGGCAAUUCCGAAAAGCUCGAACGCGAACUCGAGCGCAUGGCACGCCGUAAAUUCAAACUUGUUGUGUCUAUGCAGAGAUUUUCUAAAUUCAAGAAAGAAGAAAUGGAAAACGCCGAAUUCCUUCUCCGCGCCUACCCAGACCUCCAGAUUGCCUACCUCGACGAAGAGCCGCCAGCUGCAGAAGGUGAAGAGCCUCGUCUCUACUCCGCGUUGAUUGACGGUCAUUCUGAAGUCAUGGAAAAUGGCAUGAGACGCCCCAAGUUCCGUGUUCAACUCUCUGGCAAUCCUAUUCUGGGUGACGGUAAAUCAGACAACCAAAAUCACUCUGUUAUCUUCUACCGUGGCGAAUAUAUUCAACUUAUUGAUGCCAACCAAGACAACUACCUGGAGGAGUGUCUCAAGAUUCGCAGUGUUUUAGCUGAAUUUGAGGAAAUGAAGCUGGAGAACACAUCGCCCUACACCCCUGGAGUUAAGAACAACGUUACAACCCCCGUUGCUAUUCUCGGUGCCCGUGAAUACAUUUUCUCUGAGAAUAUUGGUAUUCUCGGUGAUGUUGCCGCAGGAAAAGAACAAACAUUCGGUACCCUUUUUGCUCGUACAAUGGCACAAAUUGGCGGUAAGCUCCAUUACGGUCAUCCUGAUUUUCUCAACGGUAUUUUCAUGACUACUCGUGGUGGUGUUUCUAAGGCGCAAAAGGGCUUGCACUUGAACGAAGAUAUUUUUGCUGGUAUGACUGCCAUGCUUCGUGGAGGCCGUAUCAAGCACUGCGAGUACUAUCAGUGUGGUAAAGGUCGUGAUUUGGGCUUUGGUUCUAUUCUCAAUUUCACUACAAAGAUUGGUACUGGUAUGGGCGAACAAUUGCUAUCGCGCGAGUACUACUAUCUUGGUACACAGCUUCCCCUGGACAGAUUCCUUUCGUUCUACUACGCACACGCUGGUUUCCACUUGAACAACAUGUUCAUUAUGCUCUCUGUUCAGUCAUUUAUGAUCUGUCUGCUCAACAUUGGCGCCUUAAAGCACGAGACUAUCGUUUGCGACUACAACCCUGAUAAGCCGUUUUACGAUCCAUGGUACCCAACUGGCUGUACUAACACGGUGGAACUUAUGGGCUGGGUGCAGCGUUGUGUUUUGUCCAUUUUCUUUGUCUUCUUCCUCUCAUUCGUUCCGCUUAUCGUACAAGAACUCACAGAACGUGGUGUUUGGCGUGCUACCGUUCGAUUCUUGAAGCAAUUCUUCUCGCUCUCACCAUUCUUUGAAGUCUUUGUCUGCCAAAUCUACGCUAACGCCGUCCAGCAAAACUUGGCUUUUGGUGGCGCUCGUUACAUUGGUACUGGUCGUGGUUUUGCUACAGCUCGCAUUCCGUUCGGCAUUUUGUAUUCGCGAUUCGCCGAUUCAUCCAUCUACUUCGGAGCGCGACUGCUCAUGAUGCUUCUGUUUGCUACCGUCACAGCCUGGAAGCCAGCUCUGGCCUACUUUUGGAUUUCAUUGUUCGGUCUCACCAUUUCCCCUUUCUUGUACAACCCCCACCAGUUUGCAUGGAACGACUUCUUUAUCGACUACCGUGACUUCCUCCGUUGGCUGUCUCGUGGCAACUCUCGCACGCACUCGUCAUCAUGGAUUAGCUUCUGCCGACUGUCACGAACUCGCAUCACUGGUUACAAACGCAAAGCUGUCGGUGAACCAUCUGCCAAAGGUGGUGCCGAUGUUCCCCGUGCUGCUAUUACAAACAUCUUCUUCACUGAGAUCCUGACACCUUUCCUACUUGCCGUCGCCACUGUGGUGCCUUACCUGUACAUCAAUGCCCAAACAGGUGUUAAAAAUGACAAGGCCAACGCGGAUAAGAAAAUCACUGCUACAAACUCGCUCAUUCGUGUUGGUGCUGUUGCCUUCGCGCCGAUUGCUAUCAAUGCUGGUGUCCUCAUGAUGAUGUUUGCUAUGGCAUGUUUCAUGGGUCCGGUUCUUACUAUGUGCUGUAAGAAGUUUGGCCCUGUUCUUGCGGCCAUUGCCCAUGGUGUUGCGGUAGUCAUGAUGCUCGUCUUCUUUGAGGUCAUGUACGUUCUUGAGUCCUUCAAUUUCGCGAGAACAAUGGCCGGCAUGAUUGCUGUUGUCUGUUUGCAACGCUUCAUCUUCAAACUGAUUGUCUCAUUGGCACUCACAAGAGAGAUGAAAACAGACCAGUCUAACAUUGCCUUCUGGAAUGGUAGAUGGUACUCGAUGGGUUGGCACUCGGUCUCGCAACCCGCUCGUGAAUUUUUGUGUAAAAUCACUGAGCUCAGCAUGUUUGCUGCGGAUUUUAUCUUGGGUCACUGGCUGCUAUUCAUGAUGGCACCUGUCAUUCUUAUCCCCAAGGUCGACACACUUCACUCAAUGAUGCUCUUCUGGCUCCUACCCAGUCGUCAGAUUCGCCCCCCAAUCUAUUCGAUGAAGCAGUCCAAGCUUCGACGUCGUCGUGUCAUUCGUUUCGCCAUUGUCUACUUCCUUCUACUCGUUGUUUUUGUUGCCAUGAUUGUUGGACCGGUCUUUGCUGGCAAGGUCUUUGGCGAGAAAAACCCGUUGUCAAGUGUCAGCUUCCUUGGACCCGGUGGCUUGGCUCUUAUUCAGCCCAAUUUCCCCAAUAACAACACCAAUGGCACGAUGGCUACAGGCACUGGCAUUAACGGUGGUGGUAGCUCUCCUGCUGAAACCAGCAGCGGAUCCUCGGGCAGCAGCGGAGGGUCUAGCGGCGGUGGUGGAAGUGACUUCUAAGUCACAAACUGAAAACCUCAUCCCGACCGUUGCUUAAUUUGUUUGUUAUAGAAUUUAAGUUUAGACUUGUUUUUCCCACUCGAAAAACUUCCUUGAAGUAAUGCAAAAUUUGUUUUUUAAUAUAUGGUCUUUUUUUCUUUCUCGCACAAAAGAAGCCACGGCCCGC